AGACAUAUUUCAGUUGAAGAAAUUUAAGGAAUUUUUUGUAGAAGUACUGUGCUUUGCUCAUGACAUUUUUGCAAAACUAACAGAAAAUGAUAAACAGUAAAGAACUUCUAGCUAGAACAAUAGGCUGUUUCCUUUUUUUAAGUCAGUUUAUCAUCUUUGCUGAUUGACAGUCUCCAGUUGUUUUCCAAAUUAUCAGGCUCAAAGUAUUUCAGAAUUAUGCUGUAUAAAAAGUACAUUUAAUUUAACCUUAAAGAAAUAAGUUUUGCAAGCUCAGUCAAGACAGGGAAGUGAGAAUAUGAUUAUUCUUCCCAGUUUACUCUUUCCACCCCCUGUCUCAGUUCAGCAUCUGGGGAUAUGUUAGGGGAAGCUCAGCAAGUCAGUUCCUUUUGUUUUCCUGGCCUCUGACUUAUUUGGAUGGGAAAAUGGCCAAAAAAAGAAGUACUGUCGAAUAUCUCAGAUAUAGGUAAUGAGUCUUCAUCAGAACAUAAAAAUAGACCUUUAGCCAUAUCAGUAAUGUGCUGUGUGAGGGAUUUUUUUUUUCUUUCAAUUCUUCUGGCAACAAACCACACACUGGGAUCUGACAUUGUAGAGUGGAUUUUUUUUUUUUCUUUUUGGGAGGGAGGUGUGGUUGCAUAUUUAAACUCUCACACAUUUAUGUAAUGAGGACUGCAGCGUAGAACUUUUAUGCAGAAUACCAUUUGAUUCUAUUAAGAAUUGUCUGUUCAAAUGUUGGACCAUUUGAUUGAAAACUCCUUCUUAGCCAUUUUAAAGAUAGCUUUCAAAUGAUUAGAAGAAUUGAUUCUUUCUGAGACUCAUCAGUUCAUUUCCUGUAAAAUUCAUGUCUUGCUGUUGAUUUGUGAAUAAGAUAGAACCAGACGUUGUAGAAAACACCUUAAUCAUAUCCAGGAGUUUGCAAGAAACAGGUGCUUAACACGAAUUCAUCUCCUGAACAAGAAAAAUGGGCUGUGAUCGGAACUGUGGGCUCAUCUCUGGGGCUGUCAUUGGUGCCAUCCUGGCUGUGUUAGGAGGUAUUCUAAUGCCAGUUGGAGACUUCCUCAUUGAGAAGACAAUUAAAAAGGAAGUUGUCCUUGAAGAAGGUACACUUGCUUUUAAAAAUUGGGUUAAAACAGGCACAGAAGUUUACAGACAGUUUUGGAUCUUUGAUGUGCAAAAUCCACAGGAAGUGAUAAUGAACAGCAGCAACAUUAAAGUUGAGCAAAAAGGUCCUUAUACGUACAGAGUUCGUUAUCUAGCCAAGGAAAAUGUAACCCAGGACCCCGAGGACAACACAGUCUCUUUCCUACAGCCCAAUGGCGCCAUCUUUGAGCCUUCACUAUCAGUUGGAACAGAAAAUGACAACUUCACGGUUCUCAAUCUGGCUGUGGCAGCUGCAGCCCAUAUCUAUCAAAAUGCAUUUGUUCAAGUGGUGCUCAAUUCACUUAUUAAAAAGUCAAAAUCUUCUAUGUUCCAAACCAGAAGUUUGAAGGAACUGUUAUGGGGCUAUAAGGAUCCAUUUUUGAGUUUGGUUCCAUACCCUGUUACUACCACAGUUGGUCUAUUUUAUCCUUACAACAAUACCGCGGAUGGAGUUUAUAAAGUUUUCAAUGGAAAAGAUGACAUCAGCAAAGUUGCCAUAAUUGACACUUAUAAAGGUAAAAGGAAUCUCUCCUACUGGGAAAGUUAUUGUGACAUGGUUAAUGGUACAGAUGCAGCCUCGUUUCCACCUUUUGUUGAGAAGAGCCAGGUUUUGCAGUUCUUUUCUUCUGACAUUUGCAGGUCAAUCUAUGCUGUAUUUGAAUCCGAAAUUAAUCUGAAAGGAAUCCCUGUGUACAGAUUUGUUCUUCCACCCAAAGCCUUUGCCUCUCCACUUCAAAACCCGGACAACCAUUGUUUCUGCACAGAAAAAAUUAUCUCAAAAAAUUGUACCUCAUAUGGUGUGCUAGACAUCAGCAAAUGCAAAGAAGGGAGACCUGUGUACAUUUCACUUCCUCAUUUUCUACAUUCAAGUCCUGAUGUUUCAGAACCUAUUGAUGGCUUAAACCCAAAUGAAGAAGAACAUAGGACAUACUUGGAUAUUGAACCUAUAACUGGAUUCACUUUGCAAUUUGCAAAACGGCUGCAAGUCAACCUAUUGGUCAAGCCAUCAAAAAAAAUUGAAGCACUAAAGCGUUUGAAGAGGAACUAUAUUGUGCCUAUUAUUUGGCUUAAUGAGACUGGGACCAUUGGUAAUGAGAAGGCAGACAUGUUCAGAAGUAAAGUUACUGGAAAAAUAAACCUCCUUGGCCUGCUAGAAAUCACCUUACUUAGUGUUGGUGUGGUGAUGUUUGUUGCUUUCAUGAUUUCGUAUUGUGCAUGCAGAUCAAAAGCAAUAAAAUAAGCAGCAAAUGAUUCUUCACAUUUAUGCAACAUCUAUGUCAUGACCUUUGGUAAUACCGACCUACAGGAUGAAGAUUGGAUAUGAUUUAAUUUUACAAACACACCUUAUCUUUUUGUUGAAGAAAUGGUGGCACUAUUUUUGUUUUUUGCACUAAGCAACAGCACAUUUCAAAAGGAUUGAGAUGUUAUGAAAAUCUCUACCUUGCACAAAAAACUCCAGCACCUUUUUAAAAUUCAUGAUUUUCACAACUGAAUUGAUUUCAGUUUCUAUAGACCUGGCUCAAGCACGAACCAAUUUCUUUUUGUUGUUCUGAUUCAAUAAUUGGUUUCUGGGUGGCCAAUUCAGAAGCAGAGUGGACGUUCUCAACAAAUCCUAGGCCCUGCGUUCCUGUCUUCUUCAUCCAGGGGAACACACUAUCACCCUAGUAGCUGCCCUGUUCAACUGCAACAGUGUCCAGGCCCAUCAGCAUAUUGCAUUUCCUGCGCACCAAAUAUUUUGAAAGACAUUUAUUAAUGAUUGGCUUAUGACUCAUUAAUUAUGUAUUUCUCUGUGAAUUCCUUCAUACAACAACAGCAGGUAUCAUAACCCUUUUUUUUACUUCAUAAAAGUAUGGUCUUAUAUAUUUUGUCACUGAUCAUGCAAAUGGACAUCAUUUUAAUACACUUUAGCUUUUAUAUUUUAAAGACUUUGUCAUUUUCUAUGUUCUGCGACUCUUCUGGAAAUAUGAUUAAAUUUUGCUUUUUUUUAUUCAGUUGCAACUUACGCUUGGCAUCUUCAGAAUGCUGUUCUAGCAUUAAGAUGUAAAUGAUGAAGGAAUUAUUGUAUGAAAUAUUACGAAGAGUAGAAAUGCAUUGUUAUUCAUUAUAAUAUUUUUGGCCAUCAUAAUCACCUCAUAAAGACUGUUUUCAACCAUUAAAAUGUUUUCCCUUAAA